AAUCCCUGGAGUAAAAAAAUAAAACACGAAGUCCAUUUUCUUGCAGUAGUAAAUUAGUAAGUGAACAAUACGGAUUACGGUGUAAUAAAUGAGUCGGUUGGCUGGUUCGUUGAGUUUCUUUCCAUAAGAAGAUAGAAGAAGGCCGAGCUUCAGAACCUCUGGUUAGUUGGGAGAAAGAAAAUGUCUACCUCUGCGGAGAAGAAUGAAGUGGCGUCCAUGGAACUCCCUGCUCCUCCUGGUUGGAAAAAAACGCUUAUCCCUGUAGCAGCAGGGAAGAGGAAAAGAAAACAUGAGGUUAUGUUUACAGCUCCAACAGGGGAAGAGUUGACUAGCAAAACACAGCUGCGACAGUAUCUGAAGUCAAACCCUGGUGGUCCUAAACUGUCAGACUUUCACUGGGGGGCUAGUGAAACCCCUAGGCGAUCGGCAAGGAUCAGUGUCAAGGCAAAGGCUUCUCCACCGUCUUCACCUGAAAGUAAAAGGCCUACCAAACGAGGCACAUUGUCAUCAACUUCGGUGGAGGAUGCCCAAGAGAAUGAAGCAGAAAAGAUUGAAAUUGAUUCUGCAGCUGGGGAUCCUGAAAAAGAUGCUGAGGAUAAGGAUGAUGACAUCCAAGAGUCCAAGAUGGAUCUGAUGGAGGACAAUGAAGACGUAAAGAUGCAUGAAACCUUAACUGCUGAUGAUAAGGCAGAAAACGCUCAACAAACCUAUUUUGAGGACGAUGUCAAAAUUGCACAAGAGAACAAAGAAGAAAAAGCUGAGAAUGAAGAUGAAAAGAGGCAUGAAACCCUAACUGCUGAUGAUAAGGAAGAUAUUGCUCCUUCUGAACAAACCAAUGUUGGGGAAGAUGUCAAAAUGGCAGAAGACACUGAGAAUGAGAAGAACACCAAAGAGCUUGUGAAGGAGCCUUUGGUUGAAAAAGCAGCUGAGGGUUCAAAUGUGGUUCAAAAUGAGGAUGGUGAUGACCUGGCAAUGACGAAACAUGUUAAUACUGAAAAUAAGGGUGCCUUAGGCAAAGAAGCAGAAAGUGCUGAGAAUGAUUCUACAGGUGGGGGUCCUGAAAAUGAUUCCAAGGAAGAAAUUGCUCGUGGUGAACAAACCAAUGUUGGGGAAGAUGUCAAAAUGGCCGACAAUGUUGAGGGUGAGAAGAAAGUUGAUGAGCAUUUCAAGGAAGAUGACCAGGCUACGGAGAAACAUGAUGAUGCACGUGAAGCUGACAAUCCGGCUACCGCUGUUGGUGGCAAGCUGCAUGAAGCAGGAGAGGGAAAAAAUGAACAGCCACAGCAGGUUCGUGCCAUGGAAGACCAGAAUAAUUUGGUGAACAACGUAGAGGGAGAAGUAACAGAAAAUGGUGCCAAAACUAACUGAAGGGGCAUACUCAGAGUUAUGACUCAAAGAAUAUGCUUAGCUAUAAGAUAAUCUCAUUGUUUUGGUCCAUCAAUGUGUAAAGUGGUAGAGUAGGGUCGUACACAUUUCACGGCUCUGUUUGAUAUGAAAGGAUUUCCCAUUUCGUGCAUGCAGAAUCGACAGUCCCACAUCAGUGUCUUUACUGUAGUAGCGCUUACCCGACACCUUUGUUGUUAAGGACACUUUUAGGUUGCAACCAACUUUUGUUGAAUGUUAUUGACAAAACUCCCUUUUGAAUUACUAUAUAAAUAUAAUAUGCAAUGCCUACUCAUUCAAUAGUUUUUAUAUGCCAUCGUGCCAGUCUUGGUUUUACUACUUAUUCACAUGUACACCAUGUUUUUGAUGACCAAUUUGAAACUUCACACUCCAUAUGUAAUGAAUAAUGAACUCUGUUAGAUUAUUGGACUUAUACUACAUUUAAUAUUUACUUUGUAUUAUUU